CAAUUCUAUUUUUGUUGUAAAAAAUAUAUAAUAAAUUAUUUUUUCAUAAAUUUUAAUACCUUUACUCUUUAAUGCUUUGUCUUUCUAGUUUCCUCUACUUGUUAAUUUAAUAUAUUUUGUUGUACAUGUAACAAUUAUAUCUUUGACAAUUUGAUUACAUCGAUGUACGAUGCAGCAGUAUAAUUGACUGGGAUAGUACGACCUUCACGAAUGUCAGAAAGACGUGAAGGGAUGCAAACGAUCCGUGCACGUGAGCUCGGUAGCACGUGGACGGCUAGUGAAAGGGACGUCACGUGUGAGUCGUAAUUAAAUAACAAAGUAAAAGAUUCGAUAUAUUUGAUGAUGUUCAAAGAAGUUUUUAUUUUAAGAAAUCUUCAUUGAUUCAACAUUCGUUUCGAAUUUAAAAACUAUUUGCUUUAACCGUUUAACAUAAUAUUUUACAAGUGAUUAAAUUUCCUUUAUAUAUAUAGGAUUUUACUGUCUGAUCGUACAUUAAUUAGCACUAGAUUUCAUAAGAAAUGUGCAAGCAAAACGAAAACCUUGUAAUCUUUACUUCAAUAUUUUCUUGAUCGAAAUAAUUAUUAAUUUAGGAGAGCGUGAGAAAGAGCGUUUGUAAGUAAUUGCAAUUCUAGAAUCACGCGUUUAUCACGUUUUUCCGUGGAGAACUCCACGUAUAAGAUUUUACCUUUUUACAUGAAACACGUGAGCAAUGCGCGAAUAACAUACGCGAACUAGCAAUCUCGAAGUCCUUGACCCUCUUCUUCGCAACUUUACUUUUACUUAACGUGCCUCUCGCGUGUAUGUCCUAGUCCCCACUUCCGCAAACUCCUUUCGCUCAUUCCUAGCACUCAUCUCGGUGAGUCCAGCUAGACGGUUUCACGGGGGACCAUGGUUCGCGGCAGAAAGAACGUAUCUUUGAUUUAUCAUCGAGACUAUCGCGGCAACAUCCAGAGCUACUCUCAUCUCGGCAGAACGCACGAAUACCGCUCGGCGAUAUUUUCACCGAUUUAAUUUGAAAGAGUGGUGCAAAACUAAACGUCGAUCGCAAAUGUUUGCGGCGACGAGCACGGCAAAGCAGGGGAUCGACCGUGAGCAUUUUAAAUCUACAGUAACAAUCUCCAAGGCUAAGAAUGUCGAACGCGGGAUGGAUCAUCGUUGCGGCGACGAUAAAAACGAUCCAAAAACGUUACGUCUUGUACGAAUUAAAGGAUUUCCACGGCUGUUGCCCGAAGGCAUCCUCGCUUUGGCCAACUAUUGCCGAUGGCUUCGCGAAUUGUCCUUAUCGUAUGCCCUGCUGAGCGACGAGCUGCUCUUAGCGUUAUGUUCGGUAAAGCAAAACCACUUGGAGACUCUGCGAGUGGAGGCAUACCCGGAAGCGAAGCCUCUUCCACGUGUUAGCGACGAAGCGUGGUCCGCGUUUUCGAGUCAUUUUCCCAACAUAAAUCUUGCGCUACUGUCUUACAUGAACGACGAUAACGACCAAAAGUUACUCUUCACAUCGCACAUUCCCGUAACGCAUUUAUAUCUCGGCGACGCAAUAUCGGAGUCGAUAAUGUCACGGAUAAGCAAGCAAUGUCCACGAUUGAUAGAAUUAGUUAUCACCGCCUAUGGAUCCGGUCCGAUCGAUCAAUUCCUGAUUUCCAUGGCCGAGGGAUGCUCGCGGCUCAGUGCCGUCGGUUUGGGCGAGUGCGAAAUCACCUGUUCCGGAUUAGCGAAAUUUGUUGCAUUAUGCGCACAUCGUCUGCAGGUGCUGUACAUUUCGGAAACGUCGCUGAUAGAAGAUGCGGACUUCGAUAUCACUAAAGUAUCGAUGAACUUAUCUUCGCUCCUUGAUCGUACGUGGGUACCGGAGUACGUACCACUGUGGUAAUCUCCUGAGAAGUGAAAAAGAGGUUUCAACGAAAUUUAUAGCCGUAACAGGAUACAUGACGAAAUAAAAUAUUUACGACGAACUUUUCUAUUUUUUUUUCACAGAAUUACAUGAUAACUUACAAAGAUUUUUUGCAAUGUCGAACAGAAAAUUCAACGUAUUCACUUUUAUGUUUAUAAUGCUUAUAAUAUUUGCAGUAAAGUUGGACAGUAUUACUAAAAAUCUGAAAUAGUUUCGAUAUAUUCCACAUGCAAUAUCGUUCCAUAUAUUAAAUUAGCAGUAUCGCAGAAAUUAAUUGAUCGUCGCUGUUGAUACCAAAAAAUAGAAACUUUAUUAGAUAAUAUUUUUUUUAGAUGUAAUAUAUAUAUAAAAUAAUGUAACGUUACUAGCACUUGUCUAUCAUCGUUGCGGAUGGUAGACUCAUAUAAUAUUUAAUAUUCAUUAUAUGUAAUAUUAUUAUGAUAUAUAACAGUCUGUAUAUACAUUAUUUCUACAUUUUAAUAUAAUAAAUGAUUGGGCAUUUAACAUUACGAUGUCCAGCAACAUUAACAGCAA